AUGGCAGAUCAACUUGACCUUCUCUUAGGCGUGAUCUUCAUGGCCAGCCCCAUGCUGGGAAUGUCUCCCUGCUCUUCUGAUGGCCAGAUUGCCUUAUUUCGCUUCUGUAACCUUACCCAGAUCCCCUGGGUCCUCAACACCACCGAGAGGCUCCUGCUCAGCUUCAACAAUAUCCGUAUGGUCAAUGCCACAUCAUUUCCAUUCCUGAAGCAGCUCCUGCUGCUGGAGCUGGGAACCCAGUUUACACCCAUGACCAUCGGCCAGGAGGCCUUCAGAAACCUGCCCAAUCUUAGGAUCUUGGACCUGGGCCAAAAUAAGAUUGAAGUCUUGAAUCCAGAUGCUUUUCAGGGACUGCCCCAUCUCUUCGAACUUCGACUGUUUUCCUGUGAACUCUCCGGUACUGUGCUAAGAGAUGGUUACUUCAGGAAUCUGAAUUCAUUAGCUCGCUUAGACCUAUCUGGCAACCAGAUUUACAGCCUUCAUCUCCAUUCUUCAUUUCAGGAAUUGAAUUCCAUAAAGGCCAUAGAUUUUUCUUUCAAUGAAAUACUCACUCUCUGUGAGGAUGAACUCAAGCCUCUGCAGGGCAAAGCACUCUCUUUCUUUGGCCUCAAAUCAACUAGCCUGUUCAGCAGAGUCUCUGUGGACUGGGAGACAUGCAGGAACCCAUUCAGAGGCAUGUGGCUGGAAACUCUAGAUCUUUCUAGUAAUGGCUGGACAGUGGACAUCACAGGAAACUUCAGCAACAUCAUCUGGGGGAGCCAGGUUUCCUCUUUGAUGCUUACGUACCACAUAAUGGGGUCUGGCUUUGGCUUCCAGAACAUCAAGGACCCUGACCAGGACACAUUUGCUGGCCUGGCUAGAAGUUUGGUGAUACUCCUGGACCUCUCCCAUGGUUAUAUCUUCUCCUUGAAUUCCCGGGUGUUUGAAACACUGAAAGAUUUGAAGUUUCUGAACCUUGCCUUUAAUAAGAUAAACAAAAUCACAAACAACGCAUUUCAUGGACUUGACAAUCUCCAGGUUCUCAAUAUGUCAUAUAAUCUUUUGGGAGAACUUUAUAAUUCUAACUUCUAUGGGCUACCUAGAGUGGCCUACAUUGACCUUCAAAAGAACCACAUUGGGAUCAUUCAAUCCCAAACAUUCAGACACUUGAAAAACUUACAAACCUUGGAUCUCCGUGAUAAUGCUCUUAAAACCAUUAAUUUCAUUCCAAGCAUACUGACCAUCUUCCUGGGCGGCAAUAAGCUGGUCAGUUUGCCACACAUUCGCUUCACAGCCAACUUCAUCCAGUUAUCUGAGAACAGGCUAGAAAAUCUGUCUGACCUCUACUUCCUCCUGCGAAUUCCCCAGCUCCAGUAUCUCAUCCUGAAUCAGAAUCGCCUUUCUUCCUGCAAGGCAGUCGACACCCCUUCAGAGAACCUGAGCUUGGAACGACUUUUCCUUGCAGAAAACAUGCUGCAGCUUGCAUGGGAGACUGGCCUCUGUUGGGAUGUUUUUAGAGGCCUUUUCCACCUCCAGAUCCUGUAUCUGAAUAGUAACUAUCUUAAUUUCCUUCCACCUGGAAUAUUUAACGAUUUGGUUUCCCUGCGGUGGCUCAGUCUUAGCGCUAACAGGCUGACCUCUCUCUCUCCAGGCAGUUUACCUACUAAUUUAGAGAUUCUUGAUAUAUCUAGAAAUCAGCUUUUCUCUCCUGAUCCUGGGUUGUUUGCCUCACUUAGCAACUUGGACAUAACUCAUAACGAGUUUGUCUGCCAAUGUGAACUUAGCCCUUUUAUUAUCUGGCUCAACCAAACCAAUGUCACCCUGCUUGGCUCUCCUGCAGAUGUAUACUGCAUGUACCCUGACUCGCUGCUAGGGACCUCCCUUUACGACAUCUCUACCAAGGACUGUGAUGAAGAGGAAGCCUUGCAGGCCCUAAAGUUUUCCCUUUUCACCCUGUACACCGUCACUUUGACUCUGCUCCUCAUCAUCACCCUCAUAGUCAUAAAGUUCCGGGGGCAUUGUUUCCUGUGUUAUAAGACCAUCCAGAAGCUGGUGUUCAAGGACAAGGUCCAGAGUUCAGAACCUAGUGUCUACAGAUAUGAUGCCUAUUUUUGCUUCAGUGGCAAAGACUUUGAAUGGGCACAGAACGCUUUGCUCAAACACCUGGAUGCUCAGUAUAGUUCCCACAACAGACUCAGGCUGUGCUUUGAAGAAAGAGACUUCAUCCCGGGGGAAAACCACAUCUCCAACAUCCAUGCAGCUGUCUGGGGCAGCAGAAAGACUGUGUGUCUAGUGAGUAGACAAUUCCUCAAGGAUGGCUGGUGCCUGGAAGCCUUCAGGUAUGCCCAGAGCCGGUGCCUGUCAGACCUCAAGAAUGUUCUCAUCGUGGUGGUGGUGGGGUCCCUGUCUCAGUAUCAGCUGAUGAAGCAUGAGGCUAUCAGAGGGUUUCUGCAAAAGCAGCAGUACUUGAGGUGGCCCGAGGACCUCCAGGAUGUUGGCUGGUUUCUCAAUAAACUCUCUGGGCACAUACUAAAAGAAGAAAAGGGAGAGAAAAGAAGCAAUACCCUUCCAUUGCGAACCAUAACAACCAUUUCCUAG